AUGCAUACCGAUGUUACUUUUGCAAAGCGAGAGAUGGCUUGGGGAAAACUCGAUGCUUCUGAUAUCGAUAAGCUGCUAAAGCUCUUCCAAGGAAUCAUCCUUCCGAUGAUUGGUAUGAGUAGCGCUGCCGAUAUCUUCCAACGUAUUGCGGAAAAAAGCGGCUGGACACAACGAGAGACCGCUUCAUCCCCAGAAAAUGAAAAACGCAAAAACCAAUGGAACGAAAUCAUGCGGACGCUGCAUGAUCCAUUCCAAACAGUGACAGAGACCAUGCAUGAUGGCCUCCAGCACGCUCUCUAUACGCUGGAGCUGGCCAAGCCUCCAAAGAACAAGAAUCAGAAAGCCAGCAAGCGAAGCAGUGGUGAUGAUGCAGCAUCGAAGGAUGUAGAAGCCGACGCUGGUGUUAUGAAGCCUGGAGAUCCUGAGUAUGCCAUCUACCUAGCCAAAAAGAUCGAUGGGUUCUAUGAGCAACGAAAGACGGCGCUCGCAGUUUGGUGCCAGCAGAGAGGGAUCCGGACGGAUGCCAAUUCCUUUGAGAAUCCCUCGCAGACGCCUUUAAAUACCAGCACUGAGAUACCGAGCCGGACAGAUGAUCCAGGAGAGCAUGCGAAGAAUCAGCGGCAAUUAUAUCUUGUUUUAUAUAUGGAGUUUUUGCUUUGGUCGACUGGUCGAGCAGUUUUAGCUCUUGUUCAAUUCGCUGAUAAGAAAGUUGAGGAUGGGACCAUGGAAAAGAGACGGCUCAUCUCUCCAGGCCUGAAUCGACUUAAAAAGUGGGUGACAAGGUCGUUGAAAGUCGAGGACGCCGGGAUGGAGCACACACCUGACUCUACCGAGGCUGGUGGUGGUAGCAUAUACACAGGAGACUCCUUCCGGGCUGCCAAAGAUCCUGAGCACCUUCCACCUUCGAAUGCUUGGCAACGGUCGACCAAUGUUUUGAGGCAACUCUCUCGACUCUUGGGUAGUCCAGAGUCAGCUUUUGGAUUCCGCGUUGCGUGCGCGACAUUAAGUAUCGGUGUGGUUGCUUACCUUAAGGACACACAAGUGUUCUUCAAUGAACAAAGACUUGUCUGGGCGAUGAUCAUGGUGGCAAUUGGAAUGACCACUACAGCAGGAUCCGGCGUCUUCGGGUUUUUCGGCCGCACUGUGGGAACAACAAUUGCUAUGUGUACCAGUCUUGUGAUCUGGUAUAUCGUGGAUGGUCAUCCUGCUGGAGUGAUUGUUUUUGUGUUUGUCUUCGUCUUCUUUGAGUUUUACUUCCUCAUGAAAUACCCCCGCUUUACGGUCGUGGCUGUUAUCUCUGUCGUCACGCAAGUCUUGAUCGUUGGAUACGAAUUGGAAGUGAAGAAGCUUGGCAGAAAAGCGGCCACAAGCAGUGGACAACCAUACUAUCCGAUCUACCUACUUGCGCCUUACAGACUAGCUUGCGUGGCUGGAGCUCGAUCUCAACUGCGGCAAGACCUUGGGGUGUCAUUGUAUUUGCUCGCGAACUUCUACUCAAUUGUGCACACGACUAUCGGUCUACGUGUCAAGGGAACUGAAGGCGACAUGGAGUCAAAAAACAGCCCUGGCCGAAAGCUGCAGAAGGCUCGUGGCAAGGUGUAUGUCAAGGAGCUUGCAUUACUUGCUGGCCUGCGUCAACAUUCAGCGUUCACGGCUUGGGAGCCCACUUUUGGUGGGAAAUUUCCGAGACAGCAGUAUGAUACGAUCAUUCAAGAAGUGCACAACAUCCUCAACUACCUAGCACUCAUAUCUUACUCCUCCCACCACUUCUCUCAAGAUUCUGCAGCCUCACCAGACAAAGCAUCCUGGCUUCAGGACUUUACCCGUCUCGUUGGAACAUUGAAUGCUACAUCGCAAGACGUCACCUCCCUUCUCGCCCUUCUUUCCUCAUCUGUGACCAACGGCAAUCCACUUCCACCAUACCUCAAGGCUCCACCAACUUACAAGCUGAGUCAAAGACUCGAAGAGUUGGAUGCAGAUAUUCUGAGUAUCAGCCAUAUUGCUGAGCCAGGGUACAGUGCGUUUGCGGUGAUGCAGAUCGCGAGUAGUCUUGUCAGUGAUGAUUUGGGGAGGUUGAUUGACAAUGUCAAAGCCUUGGUAGGUGAAGUUGACUUUUCGUUCCAUGUCAUCUCUACAGCAGACCCUUCUGAGGAAACCCUUUCGGAUAAAGAGGGCCAGAAAGGCAAGAAGGACUGA